UAAACCCUGACGAAGAAACUUUUUCACAUUUUCUUGCGAUUUUCUAAUGCGUGUGAUUUCCGACGAAUUCUGAUCUUCCUCCCGUUCCCCUCAUCGAUUCUGCUUGUUUUAUCCAUGGAUCUGCCGGUCUCGUCCUGAUCUGGAUCGAUUCGGGGAGUUUUUCGAUAUGUUUCGGAGGAGUUCCACUGUUGUUUGAAGUGAUUGGCUCUUGCUUCGUCCACUCCGAUCUCGGUUUUCUCUGAUUCCGGUGAAUUCUCUGGGGAAAUCUAGGGCUUACUUUUGUGCUUCCAUGGUUGGUAGAAUGAAAGUGCCUUGCUGUUCUGUUUGUCACACGCGCUACAAUGAGGAGGAGAGAGUUCCGCUGUUGCUUCAAUGCGGGCAUGGCUUCUGCAAGGAGUGCUUGUCGAAAAUGUUCUCGGCGUCGCCGGAUACCACGCUGACUUGUCCCCGGUGCCGCCACGUGUCGGUGGUUGGGAACUCCGUUCAGGGCCUGCGGAAGAACUACGCCAUGCUCGCACUUAUCCACGCCGCCGCCUCCGCUGCUAACAAUUCCGUCGCCGCCAGAAAUUUCGACUGUGAUUACACGGACGACGAGGAUGAUGACGACGGCGAAGAUGGAAGCGGUGAAGAAGGUGAAGCCGCGGCAGCGGUUCGCUCCGCUCGCGGAUUCCAUGCCUCAAGCUCGCAUAACUCGUGUGGUCCGGUGAUUGAAAUCGGAGCUCACCCGGAGGUGAAGCUGGUGAAGCGAAUAGGGGAGAGUAGACGGGACGGGGUGGAGAUGUGGGAUGCCACUGUCGAAGGCGGGCGGUGUAAGCAUCGUGUGGCGGUGAAAAAGGUGUUGUUGACGGACGAGAUGGAUGUUGAUUGGAUGCAGGGGCAGCUCGAGAGCUUGCGCAAGGCAUCGAUGUGGUGUCGGAAUGUUUGUACAUUCCAUGGAGCUGUUAAAAUGGGGGGAUCUAUGUGUCUAUUGAUUGACAGAUGCUACGGGUCUGUUAAAUCUGAGAUGCAGCGUAAUGAGGGCAGGCUUACUUUGGAGCAGAUCCUAAGAUAUGGAGCUGAUGUAGCUCGAGGGGUUGUUGAACUCCAUGCAGCUGGUGUUAUUUGUAUGAAUAUAAAACCUUCUAAUCUUCUGCUGGAUGCAAGUGGUAAUGCUGUAGUUUCCGAUUAUGGGCUUGCUCCCAUCCUAAAGAAGCCAACUUGCCAGAAGGUUCGAUCAGAGUGUGAUUCCUCAAAAAUCAAUCCAUAUAUCGACUAUAUCAUGCUCAGUCCACACUACACUGCUCCAGAGGCUUGGGGCCCAGUGAAAAAGCUCUUCUGGGAGGAUUCAAGUGGUAUAUCCCCAGAAUCAGAUGCUUGGAGUUUUGGUUGUACACUAGUGGAGAUGUGCACGGGGUCCACUCCAUGGGCUGGACUGAGUGCAGAAGAAAUUUAUCAGGCUGUAGUGAAAUCCCGAAAAUUGCCACCUCAGUAUGCUAGUAUUGUGGGUGUGGGAAUUCCUAGGGAAUUAUGGAAGAUGAUUGGUGAAUGUCUUCAGUUUAAGCCUUCGAAAAGACCAACCUUUAAUGCAAUGCUUUCUACAUUCCUGCGGCAUCUACAAGAGAUACCUCGCAGUCCAUCUACAAGCCCGGAUAAUGGGUUCACCAAACCAUCUAGAUCAGACACAGUGGAAGCUGCUCCUGUGCACAACAUGGCAGUUUUUCUGGAUAAUCCAAGCAACCUACAUCGGCUUGUUUUAGAGGGAGAUAUUGGUGGUGUAAGAAACAUACUUGCAAAGGCUGCAGCAGGAGGCAGUGGGAGCUCUGUGCGCUUUCUUUUAGAGGCCCAGAAUGCUGAUGGUCAGGCCGCUCUUCACUUAGCUUGCAGACGUGGCAGUGCUGAACUUGUAGAGGCUAUAUUGGUGUAUAGCGAGGCAAAUGUGGAUAUUUUGGACAAAGACGGGGAUCCUCCUCUUGUCUUUGCUUUAGCAGCUGGAUCUCCACAAUGUGUUCACGCCCUCAUAAAAAAGGGGGCUAAUGUUAGGUCUAAAUUGAGGGAAGGAUCUGGCCCAUCUGUUGCUCAUGUGUGUGCAUACCAUGGUCAGCCUGAUUGUAUGCGCGAAUUACUCGUUGCGGGAGCUGAUCCAAAUGCAGUAGAUGAUGAAGGUGAAACUGUACUGCAUCGAGCUAUUGCCAAGAAAUACACAGAUUGUGCGAUUGUGAUAUUGGAAAAUGGAGGCUCUAGAUCAAUGGCUGUUUCAAACACAAAAUUUCUUACACCUUUACAUAUGUGUGUAGCAACAUGGAAUGUUGCUGUUCUCAAGAGAUGGGUAGAAGUUGCCCCUCCAGAUGAGAUUGCUCAGGCAAUUAAUAUUCCAAGUCCAGUUGGCACUGCUCUGUGUAUGGCAGCUGCUGUGAAGAAAGAUCAUGAAACAGAAGGGAGAGAUCUGGUCCGGAUAUUGUUGGCUGCUGGAGCAGAUCCAACUGCUCAAGAUUCUCAGCACGGAAGAACAGCUUUGCAUAGUGCUGCUAUGGCUAACAACAUGGAACUUGUGAAGGUUAUCCUUGAUGCUGGUGUGGAUGUUAACAUCCGGAAUGUUCAUAAUACGAUACCUCUUCACAUGGCAUUGGCCAGAGGGGCGAGCUCUUGUGUUGGAUUACUUCUAGAUGCUGGUUCAGACUGUAAUUUGCAGGAUGAUGAAGGAGACAAUGCAUUCCAUAUAGCAGCAGAUGCAGCGAAGAUGAUUCGUGAAAACCUUGAUUGGCUUAUUGUGAUGCUUAGAAAUCCAGAUGCUGCUGUUGAAAUCAGAAACCACAGUGGCAAGACAGUGCGUGACUUCUUAGAAGCCCUUCCAAGAGAGUGGAUUUCCGAGGAUUUGAUGGAGGCACUUUUAAAUAGGGGAAUCCAUCUAUCAUCUACAAUAUAUGAGGUAGGGGAUUGGGUGAAGUUCAAGAGAGGAAUUACCGCUCCUUCAUAUGGAUGGCAAGGUGCUAAUCCUAAGAGUGUUGGGUUUGUGCAAACUAUCUUGGACAGGGACAACAUGAUUGUCUCAUUUUGUUCUGGUGAGGCUCGUGUCUUUGCAAAAGAAGUUGUCAAAUUGAUUCCACUUGACCGAGGCCAGCAUGUGAGACUCAAAGAAGAUGUCAAUGAACCAAGGUUUGGUUGGCGUGGCCAGUCACGUGACAGUGUGGGCACUGUUUUGUGUGUUGACGAGGAUGGUAUCUUAAGAGUUGGGUUUCCUGGAGCAUCUCGGGGGUGGAAGGCUGAUCCUGCCGAAAUGGAAAGGGUGGAAGAGUUCAAAGUCGGGGACUGGGUCCGUAUUCGUCCAAAUCUGACUUCAGCUAAGCAUGGUUUUGGAUCUGUUGUACCUGGGAGUGUCGGAAUAGUUUAUUGUAUAAGACCAGAUAGCAGCCUCCUAGUCGAGUUUAGCUAUCUUCCAAAUCCCUGGCAUUGUGAACCUGAGGAAGUUGAACCUGUUCCUCCCUUCAAGAUUGGUGACCGAGUGUGUGUGAAGCGAUCUGUUGCAGAACCUAGAUAUGCUUGGGGCGGUGAGACCCAUCACAGUGUUGGCCAAAUUAGUGAAAUAGAGAAUGAUGGUCUCCUUAUAAUUGAAAUACCAAAUCGGCCUAUACCAUGGCAAGCUGAUCCUUCUGACAUGGAAAAAGUUGAUGAUUUCAAGGUUGGUGACUGGAUUAGAGUGAAGGCUUCAGUAUCUUCCCCAAAAUAUGGAUGGGAAGAUGUAACUCGAAACAGUAUCGGUGUGAUUCAUAGCUUAGAAGAAGAUGGUGAUGUGGGGAUAGCUUUCUGUUUUAGAAGCAAGCCUUUCUCUUGCUCCAUGACAGAUGUUGAAAAGGUGGCACCUUUUCAAGUGGGGCAAGAGAUUCAUGUGAUGCCUUCUAUAACACAACCGCGACUUGGCUGGUCAAAUGAGACUCCGGCAACAGUUGGAAAAAUCAAAAGAAUCGACAUGGACGGGGCUCUCAAUGUUCGGGUAACAGGUAGACAGACCUUGUGGAAGAUUUCUCCUGGAGACGCAGAGCUGCUUUCAGGAUUUGAAGUUGGUGAUUGGGUGCGGUCAAAACCGAGCCUGGGUAACAGACCAAGUUAUGACUGGUUUAGCAUAGGAAGAGAGAGUAUAGCUGUUGUCCAUAGCAUACAAGAAAACGGUUACUUGGAGCUGGCUUGUUGUUUUCGUAAAGGAAGAUGGAGUACUCAUUAUACAGAUGUAGAGAAGAUCCCGGCUCUUAAAGUUGGGCAGUAUGUGCGUUUCAGGAAUGGAUUGACAGAGCCAAGAUGGGGCUGGAGAGGAACUAGCCUUGAUUCUCGUGGUAUUGUGACCGCUGUACAUGCUGAUGGAGAGGUAAAGGUCGCUUUCUUCGGAUUACCUGGGUUUUGGAAGGGAGAUCCAGCAGACUUGGAAUUGGAGCCCAUGUUUGAAGCCGGAGAAUGGGUACGGCUUAGAGCAAGUGCUCCUAGUUGGAAAUCCAUUGGACCAGGUAGUGUUGGCGUCAUACAAGGAGUAGGAUACGAAGGAGGUGAGUGGGACGGAACCACCUUUGUCGCCUUCUGUGGCGAGCAGGACAGAUGGGUGGGAUCCUCUCUACAUCUAGAAAGAGCUAGCAAGCUUGGAGUCGGACAAAAAGUGAAGGUCAAACUGGCAGUGAAGCAGCCAAGAUUUGGCUGGUCAGGUCAUAGCCAUGGAAGUGUUGGGACAAUAUCAGCCAUUGACGCCGAUGGAAAGCUAAGGAUAUACACGCCAGCCGGCACUAAAACUUGGAUGCUCGACCCAUCGGAAGUUGAAAGUGUAGAGGAAGAAGACCUCCAGAUUGGAGACUGGGUCAGGGUUAAGCCGACCGUCUCAAUGCCUACGUACCAGUGGGGAGAGGUCACUCCAUCGAGCAUAGGGGUGGCUCACAGAAUGGAGAACGGGGACUUAUGGGUGUCAUUCUGUUUCCUGGACAGGCUGUGGCAGUGCAAAGAAUGGGAAAUGGAACGGGUGAGACCAUUUAGGAUGGGAGAUAGAGUGAAGAUCAAGGACGGGCUGGUGACACCAAGGUGGGGUUGGGGAAUGGAGACUCAUGCGAGUAAAGGACAAGUAGUUGGUGUAGAUGCAAAUGGGAAAUUGAGAAUAAAAUUUCAUUGGAGGGAAGGACGGCCAUGGAUUGGUGAUCCUGCUGAUAUAGUUCUAGACAACUCCUCGGGUUCGAGCUAAAUAAUAGUUUACGCACUCUCUGAACUACGAAAACGAGGAUCUAACUGUGUGCCGACACAGGUAUCUAUCUAUCCAUCCAUCUAUCUAUCUAUAUUUCACUUGUGAUUUAUUAAUGUGUUGUUAAUAAACUGAAACUAUAGAGAGGGGGGAUGGGGAAAAACUUUUGGGCAUUCCAUUUGUGUAUCACUUGUCUAGAAACCAAAUGGCUAUGACCCCCAAAAAGACCAUAUAUAUAGCUUUAGGCCUCUCUCUCUCUCUCUCUCUCUCUCUCUCUCUUCUUUUUGUUUUUGUUUUUUUUUUAAUUUUUUGGGUUUGGUCUAUUGGUGCCCUUGUUUUUUUUAAAGCAUGUCCUGAGCUUUUGCAUUUCUUGCUGGUUUUCUUUCUAAAGAAAAACAUUUAAUGCUGAAAAUUUAGAUAUUAGAGGUGCAAAUUUUGGA